UUGUCAUGGGUGCACAGAUGCAAAGAAUGCUUUCUAAUUNUUUUCAAGCAGCAUUUCCACUGUGAACCCGAUUACUUUGUUCGUUGUCCAGGACGAGUGAACUUAAUCGUGUUGUUGAACGAAACACAAAUAAGUAAACGGAAGUAUCUGCACAUUACGGGUCGAUUCAUUGCUUCGAAAGUAGCGUCAAUUACAGGUGAGCAUAUUGAUUAUAGUGGUUAUGGUGUUUUACCGAUGGCAACUGAUGCAGCAACUUAUUUACUUGUAUCGCGUUGUGAGAAAUCACAAAUCGCUUUCUUCAACACCGAUGAAAAAUAUGCACCAUACGUGCAUAAAUUGAACGAUGAAUGGAUUGGUCAAGAUAAACCACAAUGGUAUCAUUAUUUAUUAUGCGGAUGGAAAGGCAUGCUUGAUCGACUGAAGGUUUCAUCGAACGGAUUGAACGUUCUUCUCUCAGGUAUUCUCCCACUAACAGAUGUUCGAUUUUGA